GUGUCUGUGUAGCUGGGUACGGAUGGUCUGGUGGGAACGAGAUCCUGCAGCUGCUCCCACCACCGACGCUGCAGGCGAAGGAGACCCAGGGUCUGUGUCCAGAGAGAGAUUUCAAGGUGGAAUGUGGUGGAUUUUCAAACCGCCCGGUGUACAGCCUGAAACAUGUGCCGGACACCAGCUUGCUGGUGACAAGUGGACCACCAGACAGCUCCCUCCAGGUCUGGCAGGUGUCAGCAGAGGACUCUGAUGUUAUUAAAUCUGUAAGUGCCAUACCUACAGAAAAUGGCACUGGGCAACCUUGGGCUAAAAUUGCAACCAUUUCGGCCAGAGCCCCAUGGGUCCUUCACGGCUCAAGACUCAACAGCGUCCAAAUUACAGAGGUUGAAUCGAGGAAAAACGUCUACAUGGCAGCUUGCCUCUCGAGCGGAGGGCACCUCACCCUAACAGACCUAAGAAAAACCUCAGAGUCCUUGGCCUCGGCAAAGUGCAGAGUUCCCUCUCCCAGCUCAGGUGCGGAGUUCCUGUGCGUUUCCUGGGCUCCUGCUCUGGAAGGCUGCCUUGCCAUUUCAGGUUUUGAUGGGACCGUGCACGUGUAUGACGCGCAGAGCUGGGACAGCUCUGGCAGGGAAGCAGAGCCGAUCUUUGUACACAAAGGCCACGCGUUCAGCGGGUGGGACAGCAGCGGAGGCCCUCCCCUGGUCACAGUGCACACGUGGCAUCCGCAGAAACCGAGAACUUUAUUGUCAGCAGCAAGCGACGGUUCCCUGCACGUUUGGGACUGGGUUCAGUCUUGUGGGAAGUGUGGGUAG